AUGUUAAAAAAUUUAAGACUCGAUUUAAAUCCUAGUUCUGUUUCAUGUGAUUUUGAACAAGCCGCAAUAAAAUCAAUUAAAAUAGCAUUUCCUAACGUUCAAAUAUUUGGGUGUUUAUUUCAUUUGACGAAAAAUAUUAGAAAACAACUCGGUGAAUUACAUCUUAUUUCUCAGUAUAAUAAUAUUUCCGACUUUGCAGUUUCUGUAAAAAUGAUUGUUGCAUUAGCGUUCGUUGAAUUAGAAAAUCUUGAUGCUGCUGUUGACGCGUUGGCAGAAUACCUUAGUGAAGAGUUUCAUACUUUAUUAGAAUGGUUCGAAGACAACUAUAUUGGAAGGGUAAAUAGAAAUGGUAGAGGUAGACGCCACGCACGUUUUCCACCUGAUAUUUGGAACCUUUAUAAUAGAGUUUUAAAUUCCCAAGAUAGGACUAAUAACCAUGCAGAAGUUGCGAAUAGACGACUUAAUGUUGAAAUGAGAGUAUGCCAUCCGUCAAUCUGGGCUUUUAUUGAUUGUUUGAAAAAAGUUCAAUCUGGCCAUGAUUAUUUUUAUUCUCAGUUAACUGCAGGAAAAAGUCCACCUAAAAAAUUUAAAAAAUUUGCAGAUCUAGAUAAACGUAUUUUGAAAAUAGUACAACAAUAUGAUAGUAGAGAAUACAUUUCAUAUUUAAAAGGUAUAGCGUAUAAUAUCUCACUACCAUGA